GCGCAGCCAUUUAAUGUCAGUGACCGAAGGAUCAGUCCCAGAGCUCCCGAAUAGUGUGUGUAUUAUUGACAGGACAUGGUUGUGUUUAGGUUUGGUGUCAUUUUGACACCUGAGUGUUCAGACGUCGAGGUGUUUGUGUUGGGCUCUCGGCCGGAGAUGGGACACUGGAACCCGGCCCGUGCCGUGCAGAUGAACCCGAGCCGCCCGGUUCCGUCCGCCGGUGAACCGUGUCUGUGGACCGGAGACGUGCAUCUGUCCGAACUCAACGCAGACAAGCUGUGGUUUAAGUUUAUAAAGCGUGUCGGUGGGAACUACAUUUUGGAAGGCAAUGGGCCACAUCAUGACCGGCAGUGUGUGUAUGACGACAGUAACAUGGUGGAUGGGGUAUACUGCCACCCGAUUGGUCACUGGAUCGAGGAGACAGGCCACACAGAUGAGAUGCAACACACCACCAACUUCUACUUCAGUAUAGCGGGACAGCAGGCCAUUCACUUCUCUCAUCAUAGCUGGAUUCAUCACGUGUCCGGAGAGUGUCUAUAUCCGGUCCAGAACACAGCCGGACCCAGAGCCUCGACGCGUCAGCCAGAGCCCGAGGACAAGUGGACAGAGCUGACCCUGGCUCCGGAAGAGGAGCCCCCCAGAGAGUCUGACCAGGGGUGUGAGCCUUCGGGUAUACUGCGGGACAUGGAGACUGAGGACUGGCUGAUGGGCUUAAAGCUAGGGGUGCUUCCGCGUGUCUGGUUAGGCAGCUGCCCUCGACGGGUCGAACAUAUAACCCUAAAGCUGAAACAAGAACUGGGUGUUACAGCAGUGAUGAACUUUCAGACAGAAUGGGAUGUCAUAAACAACUCACACGGCUGCAGGCGUGACCUCAGUCAACCCAUGACCCCAGAGACAAUGACACACCUGUACAAAGACUGUGGCCUUUCUUAUAUCUGGAUCCCCACCCCAGACAUGAGUACAGAAGGCCGCACACGGAUGCUGCCCCAGGCGGUGUUCCUGCUCUAUGGACUGCUGAAGAACGGUCACACAGUGUAUGUUCACUGUAAUGCGGGAGUGGGCCGUUCUACUGUGGCAGUGUGUGGACUCCUGAUGUAUGUGUUAGGCUGGGGACUCAGAAAAGUGCAGUACUACCUCGCUGCCAGAAGGGCGGCAGUUUAUAUUGAUGAGGACGCACUGGUAAGAGCAGAAAAUGACUUUAUCUUGAAGUUUGGGCGACUCUGUCCAUUUGUUUGCAACCCAGAGACCUGAAACCAGUGCCCUCUACUGGAUUGGAGGACACCAUUGUUCAAUAAUGUCAAAGCAAUUAACAUGUAUCAAAAUAGAUUUUAAUCUUGUCACACAGAGCUACUUUGUAAAAAAAAUAAAAUAAAUAAAAACUAAAUAGUGACAUCAAAAUAGAAAUCUAGAGUUAAUUAGAACAUCAUGGGAUAUUAAAUGUUCUUCUUGGAAUCCACGAAAUGAAGUGUGAAGUAUAGCAAAUAAUAUAAAUAACAUUGACUACGUUUUUUGGAAAUACUGCCUAUGUUUGUAUGUUAUCCUGUUCAUGAGUAAUUCAUUCUGAAAAUUAAAUGUAUUAUUAAAACAUUCUGUGAGGCCUGCCCAAUCGGUCCAACAACAGUUUCCGAUAAGUAGGUGAAGGUUUACUACGUGUUACUGUCAUUUAAUUCCAAUUCAACUUUUUAUCUGACUCCAUUUUAUCACAACCUCGAAUUUAGAUGGUUAUGGUCAUUUAUAUAAUAGUUUAGCAAUGCAUUUGAUUAUUCUAUUUUACAUAUCUUAACCCUCGUUCCCUGAAGGAGAGAACGGAGACGGCAUGUCCCGUCGCCACUUCCACUGCGACCCGCCGGGGCAGGCAGCUUAUCGGCUCGGCUCCUCAGCCAAACACUGAAGUGCAGUCGCACCGGUUACUCAUCAUAUACCCGCACUGGGUGGCAGAGCAGCUGUUGCAAAUGCUCGUUUAGUUUCACUCGAAGUAGAUUGACCUCUGUAGCAAGAUUCAUAUUCGUCGGGUUCGACAGGGUUAUCUCCGUUCCCUACUUCAGGGAACGAGGGUUACCAUAUGUAGCUAACCGAGAUGGUAUGGCAUGAGUGUAUUGUUGUGUUUAUCCUCACCGAAUGCCAGUUUCGGCAAGUUAUUGUUCAUUCAUUUUGACAUGGUCUUCAUUUGAAAAGGCACCUUGAGGCAAUUGUCGACCGAACUGCUAAUGUGAUGGUUAUAGUUUGACUAUCUGCCCCUUUUCUCCUCUAACAUUCCACUUUCAUUCAUUUAUGAAUGUAACUCAAUAUUCGUGUUAUAUAUUUAGCACAGCAAUUUCCCUGCCCUUGAAAUAAGCUGCCAUAAUGAAAAGCGCUUUAACCUGACCUUUAAAUAAAUAGAGACUAGUGUCGCCACACUGAGAGACUUUAUGUGAAAAGGUUUGCUUCAGAAAAGAAAAAGCGGUUCAGUUGUUUGAGCAGAAGGUAGCCAACCAUUAAUUAAAGUUCUGGGCUGAGGAUUAGUCAUUUUUUUCUGAAGAGACACAAUCACUUUAUAUGAUGAACGGAUUGAAUUUAGGCUUUUAUUCACAUAUAGACAUUGAUCAGCACAAACGUAAUGCGUAACACGAGAAUGAACCUCAUUGGUUCUUGCAGAAGCUCAAAUGUGCUGCGUAACA